CCUACCUACCUAGGUACCUAGGUAGUUAUUGCUUCAGGAUUUGCCAGUUCUGUUAAAUAUGUCUGAUUCGUGGCACGACAACGAUCUUCCCGGUUGGUCCUUGGUUCUUACUGAUGAGACCAAUGUCGGGGCUAACUUCCGAUUCGAGAACGAUCCGCAGAACCCGUGGCAGAGAGACAGAGUCUUAGAACAGAGAGACUUAGUCCACAUCCGCUGUGACAUCCGAGACAUUGUUCAUGGCCAUCUUACAGGUGCCGACAGCGACGAAGGUAGCCUCAUCAUCUUUCGCUUCCGUUUCGAAGAGGAUGACUUGUCUAGGCGGAUUAAACUAGCCCGCAUCAAGGUCAAAUUCUCCGCCUUAGAUGAAGCUGACCCUGACCCUUGCGUCUUGAAAAUUCAUCCAGAAGGCCGAUAUAGCAUCCAACCUACCACAAGAAAGGAAAGGACCACGACGAGCUUUAGUGGGAUUGUCGACGCCAAUAUCCCUGUCCCUACAAUUUCAGCAGAACUUCGGCGGGAUAAGACGGUGGAGGCGGAUGUAACUAGUACGACAGCAGUACGGGGUUCUAUUGAUAGUGAAGGCGAUAACUACGGCAUUGCUAACAGUGCAUCAUGGACACUGAUGGAAAAUACGACCGACAAGACCGGUGUGCCUACCUGCAUGCAAUGUGCAGUUUUAAUCAAGCGCGACGGCCUAUCAAAAUUCGCAGUCUCGGUGAACAUAAGUGUUCAAGCAGAUAGGAUGACUGCCUUUCGUCAAUGGGCUUCUGCAUUGUUCAAACAGCCUCGACGUGUUGACCCCGUGUGGUUCGAUCCAGCAAAGAAACCCACCAACCGCUUGCGCGAGUACGAUGAAAGUAUUGUCUCCAACUUGGACGCCGUGCCAUUAGAUGACCCGGUGCUGACAGAAGUCACACUGUGGAAAAGUCUGUAAGAAGGGGGGGUGAAUGUCACCCUUCAUAACUUGAUCCGGCUGUCCGGUCACUUUUUCCUAGCUGAACAAUUAUAAUGUGUAAUAAUUCAUGUGCAGGUCCAUAUUGGGACAUGGCUUGCAGCCAGCUGAAAGUUACAGAGUUAGGCGUGAACGAAGGAACCGGGGGCGUAUUCGAAUCAACAGAUAGGGGGAUGACAUGAUUUCUAUCGUAGUGGUUUUGUCUACCAUUUACCUACUACCUACAUACUUUUCUUAA